AUGACGCUGGUAAUGGCUCUGAGUCGAAAACGACGGCCAUCCUCACCUCCUCCGCUCUCCCUUUCAGCUCGCCGGCCCACCCCGCCGCUCUCUAAGAUACAAAAGCUCAACCAUCUCUUCGAUGGGACAGGCUCGCGAUCAAUGGAGUCCACAAGCACUGGACGGUCAAAGCACAGCGUCAAGAGCCAGCUCAAGAGAGGGGUCUCCAGCAUCAAAACGGUCCUGGGCAUCGGAGAUAGACGCAGUGAUGAUACUGUCCAGCACCACACUGAGGCCAUGUUUCCUCCGACUCAAGAAAAUAGCUCCGUAUACUUACUUGCCAAUGAAUCGAAUACGACAUUGAUCCGCCAACCUCUGAAAAUUCGACUGACUGCAAUCGCCGACACCCCAGAAGAAGAUGAGGACAUGUCAGUCUCGCCGACUAGUAGGAGCGCUCCGAUCACUCCUUUACACGAAAUCGCUGAAAAUGAAGACGACAAUCCAUGCCAUGCUCCUACUACCAAUAACUGUAGAGAGAUCUCCCGAAGUCAAUCUGCUCCUGGACUUCAACGCCGCAUAAGCCAAAAGUUUCAACAAGCAUUCGGCAACGGACACUCGACCGUUAUCAAGAGAGCAGAUUUACGCUCGAGGCCUAGCGUUCAGACGCUGUUACGUGAAUCAGCCGUCGCUUCCUCUCCGCCGUUCUCAUCUACCCUUUCCACAUUGAAUAGCGGUACCUUUUCUUCCUUUGAUCGAAAUGCAUCGACUCCGCCAACUUCUGAGCCUGUGACUCCACUCUCGAUAAUCCGCCGUGGAAGCAUGGAUUUAUUAGACAUUGAACACCAGACGUUCACGGUGGAAGGUCGAUUGCUUAGUCCGAUACCAGAAAGCAUAUGUUCUCCCCCUCCUACCAUCAGGACGGUCGAAGCUGCUGCGACAACAAAAAUUUUCUUCGAGCUCCAUUUCAACUCAAUAUUCCAUGGUCCCUCGCCGAGAGCAAUACGGUGCAAAGACUUGGAGAAACGAAUGCGUGAACUCCACCUGCCUCCAGAUAUUCGGGAUCGAGCUCGGAAAGCAUGGGAGCUGGCUAAGAGCGAGAAUCUCCGGCAGCGUCGAGUGCUGAAAAAUACAACUAACCAAGCCAAAGCAAGCCAAGGAGUCAGCGUCGGUGGCUUUGAAAUGAUCAGCGUCCUCGGGAAGGGGAGCUUUGGGGUCGUUCGACUGGUCAAGGCAAAGAGUAGUCAGGAUGGAUCGAACAGUCCUGAAGCCAAAGGUGCCGACAGCAUGCUGAUCGACGUACCUUCUCGGUCCACCCUGAAGUCUUCCAGCAAGGUGCUGUCUGGUGGCCUUUUCAACAAGCGUCGGGACUCCAUCAAGGCCAGGAAGGAAGUCUACGCCAUGAAAGUCAUUCGCAAGUCAGAUAUGAUCCGAAAUGGACAAGAGGGACAUCUACGAGCCGAGCGUGACUUCCUUGUCGCCGCCGAGGGUUCGAAAUGGAUCAUUCCACUGAUUGCUGCUUUCCAGGACCGAAAACACUUGUAUCUUGUCAUGGAGUACUGCAUUGGGGGCGAUUUUCUUGGGUUGCUCAUCCGCAAAAACACCCUCAGCGAAGACUUCACGAGAUUCUAUAUCGCGGAAAUGAUUCUCUGCGUCGAAGAAGCCCAUCGUAUGCAGUGGAUUCAUCGAGAUGUGAAACCAGACAACUUUCUCAUUGCAUUUGACGGUCAUCUGAAGAUUUCCGACUUCGGCCUGGCUUUUGAUGGGGACUGGUCUCACGAUCAGAGGUUCUAUCAAAAGAAUCGUCACUCACUGUUGGAUGAAUUAGGAAUAAUCGUCGAUGGUGACGAGCAGGACAAACAAGAGAAAGAAGCCCAGUCACACCACGCAAGCAGGAAGCAUGGAAAGGAUGAUUCGGCUAACAAGGAUGAACCAACACUUGGAGAGCCAAUCUUGGAUUGGCGCAACCGGUCGCAACGUCGACGUUUGGCCCGGUCAGUCGUUGGCACUUCGCAAUACAUGGCUCCCGAAGUCAUUCGCGGCGACAUGUACGACGGACGAUGCGACUAG